AUGGUAAGAGUAGGUAAUGGUGCGAUUAGUUUACCAUCAAAUCGGGUAUAUGACGAGUUUAAUGGGGGAUCCCAUGGGUGCGGUCUCUAUGGUUCAUCCGCAGCAACGGGGAAAAAUGCAUUGGAGAAAGCAUUAACAAGUUAUUCCGAUAUUAAGAGUAAUGCAGAGAAGAUUGCAAAUGCAUGGUGCUAUGUGUCCGGAAUGAACUCAAAUAAUCCACUCUAUAAUGAUCGUUGCUAUUUCUUUUAUUAUUGGUUGGGGGACAUAGUACGGAAAGAGAAGAAGGGCACAACUAAUUUUAAGGAUGUUAUGGACACAAUAUAUAGUACACUGAGCACAUGGGUCCCUAAUGUACAUUGUAUAAAUAUGUACCCGGACACGGCGAAGCAGCAUUUCAAGCAUAUGAAGCAAAUGUUCGACUAUUAUUACGACUUCAGUACUAUAUGCGCAUUAGUACAGCAGGAUCAGUCAAAUUAUACUAAGUACUCCAACUACGUAAAGGGAGUUUUUGAAGCAUAUAAUAGUAUGAAUACGUAUUGUGCGAGCAGGGGUUUGGGUAAACAGUACUGUAAGGAUAAUGCAAGUACACUUAAUACCAGGGGAAGUCCCGAGGAGUUCGAGGCAAAAUGCGAAUCGGAACAUGGACUGAAACCUAUAUCCCUGGCAGAAAUAGAAGGGGACCCAAAUGAAUUGCCCUCAGAAAAUGUAUAUGCCUUAUUUAAGGAAGACAACACCUGUACCACAUGGACCACUCGGGGGCGAGGAUGUAACCAGAGUGUAAAGGCUGCAGUGCAAAAUGGAUUAAGGAGCUUCAAUAUGGAAGACGAGAACUUAGCUGGUGAAAUUGUGAGGAACCAUUAUCGUGCAUGUAAUGGGAAGAAGAAAUUGGACGGCACCCCAUCCUAUUACGAUCCCUGUUAUUUUUUAUACUUUUGGAUUGGUGACCAAAUAAAGGACAAAUUGAACAGUCAUGAACUGAGCACAGUCAUGCAAACAAUUUAUGGAAAUUUGGCAAGUGUGUCAUGCACUAAUAAUUGUAGAAACACAUAUUCUCAAAUGGACAAAUCUAUAUUCGACCAGAGAAAAUUAAUAUUUGAUUACUCCUAUAAUUCUAGUAUUAUAAAUAAUGACUCAGAAGAUAAUAAGUAUUUAUGUAAUUCAGAAUGUACCACAUAUUUAGACCAACUUAAGGGAGCAUAUUCGAGUGUGCAAAGUAGUUGUAGUGAAACAACUGGGGCGGAUAUAUUUUGUAAUGAAUUUAAAGAGGAAUAUAAGAGCAACUUUGAUGAAAGUGGGACACCGAAAUUGCAAUGCCAGGCAACACCAAAGAAACCGUCUGCUGGAGAUGACUCCGACUUAGGAGACGCCGUGGUCGAUGGUGGUGUUCCAGGGGUAGGUGUUGCCCCAGGGGUAGGAGUUGCACCGGGAGUAGGAGUUGCACCAGGAGUAGGAGUUGCACCAGGAGUAGGAGUUGCACCAGGAGUAGGAGUUGCACCAGGAGUAGGAGUUGCUCCAGGAGUUGGGGUUGCACCAGGGGUUGAUGUUUCUCCAGGACUUGGAGUUACACCAGGUGGUAGCGGUGGUGAUGGUAUCGUCCCUGGUCCUGUGUCUGGCGCAUUAGCUGCAAUAGGAUUACCUGCCUUAGCAUACUUUUUUUACAAGUAUAAAUCACACCUCUUCCUCUCUUCCUUCAUUAAGGGGAAUAACUCCUCUUCUGGAGGAAGCAGAAGUAAAAGGUCCCUUAGGAGAGAAUUUAAUGAUUUUGAGGAGGAGGACGACGACAAUUCUUCUACAAAAUAUUCGUCAGAAUAUUCAAUUCCAUAUACCUCAUCAUCAUCGUCUAGAUGA